AUGGAGAUACGGGAAGUCCUGGAAGCGAGACCACAAAACCUUAUAGCUGUGUCAGCGCGGCUUUACAGGGAAUGUGUGCAGCGUGGAAAAAGAACCCUAUCUCUGCAGCAAAGAUUUCAAGACAAAGAGAACGGUCGAACGGGUCCCGUUUACACUAGUAUUUCCAUAACCGAACUCAUCGCAAGCAUCUCCACUGUUGUUGUUUACGCCUGUAUUGGAGCAGCAAUAAGUGAAGAGGACGGGGCAAAAUACCUCAUACUCUCCGAUGUUCUCGAUCUUAUUGACUCCUAUCGAUACUUAUUUAUCAACACAACAAUAUUGUUAAAUAGUUUCUUAUGGAGUCGAGAGCAGAAGAAAGUUCUCAUAGAUCACGCGACUGGGGAUCAAUAUUUUAAGCAACUGCACAGUUCUUGGACGUAG